CCUUGAUGAGAAAAAUGAGCUGGGCGUUCCUACGUGAUCUGCUGAGUGGAGUGAAUAAAUACUCAACAGGAAUUGGAAGAAUUUGGGUAGCUGUUGUGUUCCUGUUCCGCUUACUGGUUUAUGUUGCUGCUGCAGAAAACAUCUGGAAACAUGAACAUGAUGAAUUUGAGUGCAAUAUCAAGCAGCCUGGUUGUGAAAAUGUCUGCUUUGACCAUUUCUUCCCUGUCUCUCACAUUAGAUUUUGGGCUUUGCAAUUAAUCAUGGUCUCCACCCCUUCACUCUUGGUUGUCUUUCAUGUUGCUUACAGAGAGAACAGAGAGAAACACCACAACCAGAAACUAUACAAAAAUCCAGGAAAGAUAGAUGGUGGAUUGCUGUGCACUUACCUAAUCAGCCUCAUUUUAAAAACAGGACUUGAAAUAUUUUUUCUUGUUCUGUUCUAUAAAUUGUACAACGGAUUCAAAAUACCGCAGAUUGUGAAAUGUGACAUAAAACCAUGUCCCAAUACUGUAGACUGUUAUAUUUCCAAGCCCACAGAGAAGAUGAUUUUCCUCUAUUUUCUGGUGGCAACUUCAUGCCUGUGCAUUGUAUUAAAUCUAAGUGAACUGAGUUAUCUGAUGUUCAAAUACUCCAUAAAAUGUUAUCUGAAGAGACACGUGAAGAACCAGCAAGGCUCAAAAAGCAAUUGCUGCGAAUUCAGCGGCAAUUCAAUUGUGCGAACUCAUCAGGCACAACAGAGCAGCAGCUGCAGGACGACUCCACAACAGCUCAUCAUCUCUGCCUCUGAAUAUGCAAGAUGAACAUGAAAAACAUUCCCCGCUGACUUGAAAGAAGGCUGGAGACCACCCUCCCAUUACACAAGCUGUUUUUGACAAAUUGCUUUUCCAAUCAGUGCUUUGCAGAACUAUCCUUUGAAAGGAUAGUUACAUAGGAAAUGCUGUUCCCCAUUACUUGAGCUGAUAAACUCGGUUACAUUAUGUAUGUCGUACAUAGAAUCAUUGAGACCUUUUCAUGUUGAAAAAGGAAAUGUAGAACUUCUGAGAAUUCCAUGAACCUUUAAUAUAAACACAGAUGCUUAUGAUAAAUCAUGCUGAAACAAUUGCCCAAA